CUAGCCGGGGCUAGUAGCUGACCUGCUGGCUCUGCCCUGCCUGUGUGGACAGCAGGCCCACGGGCACUGGGGGAGCGGAGUUCCACAAUCCCGCUGGGGCAGAUGGGCGGGAGAGAAAGGUGGUGCUGCAGUGGUGGCCCGGGCGGGGGGGGGGGGGCAUUCGAUUCGCCUCAGUUGCUGCUGUAAUAAAGUCUACUUUUUGCUAAAAGCUCGCGUGGUCGUGUAUUUGCGCCCGUUUUGGCGCAGCGACUUCCCGAGGGGACGGGCGGGCCCUCGUGGGGUUCCAGUAGAGGCCCGCCUCAGGUGGGCGGGGCCCAGGUGGAGCUCCUGGUAGGGGCUGGGGCGGGCCCAGGUGGAGCUGCCUCCGGGCGACGUGAAGGCCGGGUCGGCGUCGGGGCGGGGCCGGCUGCAGGUAGAGCUGGAGGGCCGCAGCGGCUGCGGGGGCGGUGCGGCCUACCAUGAGGUGCAGCCGCGUCUGCGUUUUCGGUAACUUUGGCGGGCUUCCCGUCUCUCUCCGUGGCCCCUCGGCUCGCCCGUACCACGCGCCGUGGCUGGCCCUGCGCGCUGCCUGGCGCCCGCUGGCCUCCCACCCUGCCCUGCUCACGACUUGCUCCCCCUGCUUUGCAGACGCCGCCCGGGGGCCCAGGCAGCUGAUGCGCGUGGGCCUCGCGCUGAUCCUGGUGGGCCAUGUGAAUCUGCUGGUGGGAGCUGUGCUGCACGGUACUGUCCUGCGGCACGUGGCCAACCCCCGUGGCGCCGUCACACCAGAGUACACCACCGCCAAUAUCAUCUCCGUGGGCUCCGGGCUGCUGAGUAUUUCCGUGGGACUUCUGGCCCUCUUGGCAUCCAGGAACCUUCUUCGCCCACGACUGCACUGGGCCCUGCUGGCACUGGCUCUAGGGAACCUGCUCUUGUCUGCUGCCUGCUCCAUGGGCCUCCUGUUUGCUGUGUCACUCACUGUUGCCAAUGGUGGGCGCCGUCUUAUUGCUGACUGCCAUCCAGGACUGCUGGAUCCUUCCAUACCUUUGGACCAGGGGCCUGGACACACUGACUGCCCCUUUGACCCCACAAGAAUCUAUGAUACAGCCUUGGCUCUCUGGAUCCCUUCUCUGCUCAUGUCCGCAGCUGAGGCUGCCCUAUCUGGCUACUGCUGUGUGGCUGCACUCACCCUACGUGGAUUUGAGCCCUGCAAGAAGGAAGGGUUUCAGGAACAGUUAGAGGAACUGAGAGAGCUUGAACCUCCUGAAUGUAAAAGACAGGAAAACAUACAGUUACUGGAUCAUCAUCAGAAUUUACAGACUUCACAGAAAACCUGGGUUUAGGACAGGUGCCCAGAGGGGCCUGGGUAAGCUGGGACAGGGAAGCAUUCUUGGGACCUGGGACUGAGGCUAGUUCUUUGCUUUGUUGCUUGCUCUCUGAUCCAGGUUGUUUUUCCUUUUAUCAGGCAGGUGCUCUUCUGAGGCUCAAUCAAGCAAGAGGCCCUGACACAGGAUGAUAUAAAUAAUUGUAAUAAAAGGACUUCUCAGCCAGGUGUGGUGGUGUACACCUUUAAUCCCAGCAGAGGCAGAUGAUCUCUGUGAACUCAAGGCCAGCCUGGUCUGCAGAGCAAGUUCCAGGUCACCUUG